AUGAAGGCUGCACAAGAUAGACAAAAGAGCUACUAUGAUAAGAGGAGAAAGCUGUUGGAGUUUCAGGUGGGUGACCACGUGUUUUUGAAGGUCUCACCUGUGACCGGCAUUGGGAGAGCUCUUAAAUCUCGGAAGCUAUCUCUUAAGUUUAUUAGGCCAUUCGAAUAUGUGUCGAAUCCUUCCCAUGUGAUUGAUCUUGAUCCGGUUCAAGUGAGAGAAGACUUGUCUUAUGAUGUAUAUCCGAUGAGGAUAGCGGACCACUGUGUUAAACAGCUUGGGGGAAAGAAAAUCUCAUUGGUGAAAGUGGUAUGA